AUGGAACAUGCAGAGAAGGCAAUGAUAUUAAAUAUCAAUGAUUAUUAUAGUAUCCAUAUGAAACAGAUGCCAAACACAACUACAACUUCUAUUGCAGCACACUUGGCAACAAUUUUAAUGAAACCAAUCACUACACAAUUCAUGACGCUUCUUGAUCUUUCGCAUAAUCAACGCUGGGGAUUCUGUUCAGUUAAUAAUAGUACUAAAUUAGAAGAGCUAACUAUACAUAGUUAUGACACUAGAUUGAAAGAGAAAUGGGAUGCUCAUUUGAUGAAAGACGUAGUCUUCAUAGAUUUACAAGAAAAUAAUCUCCAUUCUUUAAAUACAUAUAUCAAGGCCAUUAAUGCCAUUGUAAAUGUUCUAUCUAUGCAACAAUAUAUUUAA